CGCAAUACAUACCACGUUAAAACACGGUCUGGGAGUAAAAGUGUCGAUCUGCAGUUGGCAAGAAUGCUUAAAAUUGGGGUGUAACUUAUCGCGGGUUGGAUUAUAACAUCAGAAACGUUUUCCUGCCUUUUCCCACUGUCUUUUCUGACGGAGUGAUGUGUCCCGACCAGAACCAGAGAAUCCACUUCGGUAUCAUCUGAAAACUACAUAAAUUAUUCAGGGAUCACCUGCUGCCAGCUGCAGUGAGAAACAUAGCAGUGGUUGCUGUGUGUGUCAGUCUGAGUGUUAGGGGAUGAGUGUGGAAGUGGAGCAGAUGGGGUCACCCCGGAUACCGACCCCAAGUAGUCUGGACCUAAAAGAGAGGUACGCUGACCGAAUGGACGAAAAGGAUUCUGAGUGUCUGAGGAGCCGUAACAUGUCACCUGAUCUGAGACAAGACUUUAGCAUGAUGGAGCAGAAGAAAAGAGUGACCCAGAUUCUACAGAGUCCAGUGUUUAAGGAUGAAUUAGAGGGCUUGAUUCAGGACCAGGUCUCUAAGGGCAGUAAUUCCAGUGGUCUUUUGGCUCUCAGUCACAUUGCAGACCUCAUCAUGGCCAACUCACUGCCUGGGACAGGAGCAUACAAUUCUUCUCUUGGCUUGGGAACGGUCACUCCAGUGAAUGAUUUGUUUGGUGUAGACUGUAGUUAUUCUAAAGCAGAGCGCCAGAGCCGCUGUAAACUGGCCAGCCUCUACAGACUGCUGGAUCUUUAUGGCUGGACAAACUUUACCAAUGCUUAUAUUACUGUGCGUGUAAGUAAGGAACAAGACCAUGUUCUAAUUCUUCCUCAAGGCCUCUCAUUUUCAGAGGCCACUGCAGCUAAUUUGGUGAAGGUGAAUAUGAUUGGUGAUGUGGUGGAUCAGGGAGUGACUGGACUGGCAAUAGAUCUCACAGGCUUCAGCCCCCACGCUGCCGUCUACUCAGUCCGUCCUGACGCCCGAUGUAUUAUACACAUACACACUCCAGCAACAGCCGCAGUCUCAUCCAUGAAAUGUGGUAUCUUACCCAUCUCCCAUGAGGCCUUGCUACUAGGUGACGUGUCCUACUUCAGUUACCGUGGUGAUGUGGAUGAUGGACAGGAGAGGGUGGAGUUACAGAAAGCCCUAGGACCCACUGCCAAGGUGCUGGUCUUAAGAAACCACGGGGUGUUGGCAUUUGGAGAGACAAUAGAGGAAGCAUUCCACUAUAUUUACCACUGCCAGGAGGCAUGUGAAGUCCAGGUUAAUGCCUUGUCGUGUUCAGGUGGUGUUGAGAAUCUGCUGCUGUUGGACAGAGAGCAGUACAGACCUGUGAAUGCCCUACCCAUAGUGAAUGGGGAGAUGCAGGAGGAACAAAUCAGAUGGAGAUUGGGAGAGGCGGAGUUUGAGUCUCUGAUGAGGAUGUUGGAUAAUUUGGGUUACAGAACAGGUUAUGCCUACCGCCAUCCUAUCAUUAAAGAGAAACCACGGCACAAGAACGAGGUGGAGAUCCCAGCCACCGUUACUGCGGUAGGAUUAGAGGAACAGGAUGUGUUUCCAUGGAGUCCGUUUCACGUGCAGGCUCAGAGACGUGACCGAGAGAGAACACGGUGGCUCAACUCUCCCAACAGCUACUUAAAAGUCAACGUCCCAGAACGGUCAGCCAACGGAGAGUGCAGCCCCCGUACUAAGACUAUGUGGAUGAAAUCAGAGGAGUCAGGCAGCAGCAGUGGUACUCCAAUAAAGAUAGAGGAUCCCAACCAGUUUGUUCCACUCAACACCAACCCAACAGAAGUACUGGAGAAGAGGAAUAAGAUCCGUGAGCAGAACAGAGCUGAUCUGAUGACUGCGGGGCCAAAGUCUCAGCUAUUGGCUGGAAUCGUGAUUGACACAGUUCCUGGACCAGCCUUCAUCUAUGAGGAUGAGGAGCAGACGGCGACUUUGCCUCCAAAUCCCUUCAGUCAGUCAGACAAAGAGCUGCAGGAGUACACAAACACUGUGGAGAAACGCCAACAUGGUACACCAGAGCCCGACGAUGUGACUGAUGCCGAAGAGAUGACCACGUACGACAGCUCCACCAUCUCUCUCUCCCUCUCUCCACUCAUGACCCCAGCUAAAGACGAGCUGCUUCCUAAUGGUCAUGAUGACCUGCCUCAAGAGGAAGACGACCUAAGUCUCAAGGUUACUGAACUCAGCAUCAACAAGGAAAUGGAGGUCUCCAUAACAACAAGCAUCGCUGAGACCAUCAGUGAACCUGCGACUCCUGAGAGCCAAUCACAGUCUCCCAAGAAAAAGAAGAAGAAGAAAUUCCGCACACCUUCUUUCCUUAAGAUGAACAAGAAGAAGGAGAAAGGAGAAACGUGA